AUGGCUUCAAGCCCUAAGUCUCUCGUUCAUGAGUCUAUCGAAAAGGUCGAUGAGCAUGAAUGGGCAUCCACUGUUAGUGAAGGUAAGGUUUCUGAACCUCCAUAUGUGAAAGAAUCGUUUAAAUCAAAGUGCCGCUGUCUGUUUCAACAUAUCAAGCACUUGGAUGUAAAGGGCAUUAUUAGCUUCCUUGAGGUUAAGCAGCAUCACGGCAGUUCGAAGGGCGAAGCGCAAAGUGUUUUAGAAUCGUUUCUUUACAAUGACGACUUGGCACCAGUUGAGGCUGCGAGGCGUACAUGGACUUGGAAGCAGUUCGUUUAUUUUUGGAUAUCCGGUGCAUUUAACGUUAAUACUUGGCAAAUCUCGGCACUUGGAUUGCAGUACGGUUUAAAUUGGUGGCAGACCUGGAUUUUAACGUGGUUCGGGUACACUAUAGUAGCUGUUUUUUUGGUUAUGGCUUCUCGUGUUGGUAAUAUUUACCACCUCUCCUUCCCGAUCUCUUGUAGGAUUGCCUUUGGUACUUAUUUCUCUAUCUGGAUUGUUCUUAAUAGAGUCAUUAUGGCAUGCGUUUGGUAUGCUGUCCUAGGUUGGCUAGGUGGUAAAUGUAUUCAAUUGAUUCUAAUGUCACUGUUCGGUACUGACUUGCCUUUAAGGCUUGGUGACCAUAUUCCUGCCAAUACGCUGAAUGAUUUUGAAUUUCUUUGUUUCAUUCUAUUCUGGAUCUUCAGUCUGCCAUUUUUAUGGAUGCCUCCUCACUCACUACGUUACAUUUUUGCCGUCAAGGCAGCAGUUACUCCAUUUGCUGCGUUUACUUUUGUCAUUUGGGCAAUUGUAAAGUCUAAAGGUAAAUUUGAAUGGGGUGCAUUAUCUGUUGCUGACGAAAGCAAGAAGUUAAGUACAGCAUGGGCCGUCAUCAGAACUUUGAUUAUUCCUCUAGGUAACUUUUCAACGUUGCUGUUGAACGCGCCAGAUUUCGCUCGUUUUUCUAAAAAUCCAAUUUCUGCAACAUAUUCGCAGUUGAUUUCACUUCCAGUUGUUUUUUCGACAAUUUCUCUGCUAGGUAUUUUGGUUGUCUCUAGUACUUACACAAUAUACGGUGUCAACGAAUGGGAUCCAUUAGUUACCUUGGGUAGGUUCUUGAAAGGAUACAGCUCUGGUGAUCGUGCUGGUGUGUUCUUAAUUGCAACGGUUUUCUGUUUCGAUCAAUUAGGUGCAAACUUGGCUAACAAUGCUAUACCUGCAGGUACCGACAUGACUGCAUUGUUUCCAAAGUUUAUUAAUAUUAGACGUGGUUCCUACUUCUGUGCAUUCUUGUCUUUAGUUAUUUGUCCAUGGAACCUAAUGUCUUCUUCUGCAAAAUUUACUAAUGCUUUAUCUGCUUACGCUGUUUUCCUAUCAUCGAUUUCAGGUGUUAUUGCUGCGGAUUAUUAUAUUGUUAGGAAGGGUUAUGUUAACCUGUUGCAUUGCUAUACAAACAAAGCUGACUCGUAUUACAUGUACAACAAAUUUGGUACUAACUGGAGAGCUGUUGUUGCAUAUGUAGUUGGUAUCAUUCCAAAUUUCGCAGGUUUCCUUGGUGAUUUAGGAGUUGGGAUUAGCGUUUCGGUUGCUGCCAUGAGGAUUUACUAUAUGAACUACUUCAUUGGCUUUUUCGUUUCGGGUUUAGUGUAUAUCAUUUUGGUUUACUUCUUCCCUGUUUCAGGGGUCCCAGAAGGUAAAUUAUUAUCACUCAAGCCUUGGAGUGAAAAAUGGGUAGAGGUUGAAGAGUUCGCUAAGGAAAGGGCGGCAUAUGAAAAGGAUGAAGAGUACGUUGUCGAAGCCUUUACUUCUGGCUCAAAAGUGAGACAGGAGUGCUGA